ACAACGAAACUACAAAAUCCAAAAUAAGAAAAUUAUUGUAAAAUUAGAAAUUUAAUUUUGAUUUUGUUUUGCUAGUUUCUGUUACUUGAAAUCUCUCUCGUCAUCUUCCAACCAAAAAUCUUUAAAAAAACAAAAAGAAAAAUCUUCCGGAGCUGCUAACAUUUUUUUGCAUGGCGUUUCCUCUUCGUGUCUAAGAGCGCUUCAUUUCUGUUUCCUCUUCUGCUUGCCUGGGAAGAUAUAUUAUAUCCUUAAAAAGGAGAAAAUGGAUGAAAACAACGCGGCAAAGUUAACCGGGAUCAAGCAAAUUGUGAGACUAAAGGAGAUUCUUCAAAAAUGGCAAACUGUCACAAUAGGUUCAAAGUCAGAUGAUGGCGAGUUGGGAGCUAAAAAGCACACAGCUAUCAUUUCACCGGUUAUCAACAAGAGACUAUUGGAUUUGAAGACUUGUGACUCGGACGAGGAAACUACUUGCCAUAGCCCUGAGUCACCGCCUGAUGUCCCUAAAGGAUAUUUGGCGGUUUAUGUUGGACCCGAGCUCCGGAGAUUUAUCAUACCCACAAACUUUCUUAGCCAUUCUUUGUUCAAGGUCUUGCUCGAGAAGGCUGAGGAAGAGUAUGGAUUUGAUCACAGCGGUGCGUUAACCAUACCUUGUGAAGUUGAGACUUUCAAGUACUUACUUAAGUGCAUUGAGAACCAUCCUAAAGAUGACACCUCGGCUGGAGAUUUAAUAGAAACGGAAGAUUAAAUAAUAACACAUUACCUAUAUAAAUUCUUCUUUUCCUCUUUUAUUACCAUCCCCCUUUAAACUUGUAUUAGGGCUGAUGACACUCCCAAUGGUAAUUGUAAAAUCAGUUUCUCUUUGUAUUUUUCUAAUUAUUUUUCAUCUUCUUCUUCUACUUCUCCGUUGUUUUUUUUCUACAAGGAAGAGUAGAGAUGAUUUCUUUUAACGUGGUGGAAUUGAUUGUCAAAGACUCAAUGUGAUUACAUAUGGUUUUAUUGCAAA